AUGACGACGAUUUCGUCGCCGUUGGAAACUUCUCUUUUCCGGUCUUCUUCUUUCAAAUUCAAAUGCAAAUUAGAAUCUCCCGCGAAAACGCGACUAUUCUCUCGGGCGACCGGGAAACAUGUUGUUGUCAGAUCGUCAAGAGCACUGCGUAUCCGUUGCUCCUCCUCCGAUGAUCCUGGUUCGACUCCUGUUUUCUUAUCAAGUAGAAGAAAACUGGUGGUUUUGUUGUCCACUGUGCAGCUUCUGUCUCAGUUUCUUCCUCCAAAUGGAAAAGCAGAGGAUAUUCAUUCAGUGAUGCAAAACGAAAUAAGGAAAGUUGUGACAAAGGGUAAAGCUGCUGGUGUGCUUCGUUUAGUGUUUCAUGAUGCCGGAACCUUUGAGCUAGACGAUAAUACUGGUGGUAUCAACGGGUCUAUUGCUUAUGAACUCGAGAGACCUGAAAACACAGGUUUGAAGAAAUCCUUAAAGGUUCUAGCAAAAGCAAAGGUUAAUGUCGAUGCGAUACAACCUGUGUCUUGGGCGGAUAUGAUAGCUGUUGCUGGGUCUGAAGCAGUUUCAAUAUGUGGCGGCCCAACAAUUCUAGUAGCUUUGGGAAGAACUGAUACAACGCAACCUGAUCCAGAAGGCAAGCUACCUCCAGAAACCCUGAGCGCUUCGGGUUUGAAAGAAUGCUUUAAAAGAAAAGGAUUUUCGACUCAAGAACUUGUUGCCUUAUCUGGAGCACAUACGAUAGGGAGUAAAGGCUUUGGAGACCCAACAAUUUUCGACAACGCAUACUACAAAAUCCUUCUUGAAAAACCAUGGACAUCAGCAUCCAAAAUGACGAGCAUGGUCGGGCUUCCUUCGGAUCAUGCCCUUGUGGAGGAUGAUGAAUGCUUAAGGUGGGUGAAACAAUAUGCAGAAGAUCAAGACAAGUUCUUCAAAGACUUCACCAGUGCUUAUAUCAAACUAGUCAAUUCUGGGGCCCAAAGGAAAUUGUUAUGA